AUGAAAGAAGCAGCAAAGGCCCUACAUCAACGAGAAGACAUAGCUGUGCGUCGUGCAGACAUAACAGCAGCCUUCGUACUGAUCAAGACGGCGGAAUACCACCAGAAGUUGGAUGCCAUCUUGUCUGACAGUACUAAGUUCGAGCGCCUUACUAAAAACCCCACAGACAAAAUAAAAAAAGAAGCCAAUGACAUCAUUAGCAGUGUCAAUACAGCCACUAAUGCCAUGCACCUCCCAACAAUCAUUGGAGAUUACAGCCUUGGCUAUCUGUAUGGCAACGUUAAAACACACAAGAAUGGAAACCCUCUCCACCCCAUCAUCAGCCAGACACCUGCCCUCAUGUAUGGACUGGCCAAGCUCCUUAAUCAAAUAUUGACGCCCUACGUACCAAGCCGGUAUAGCCUGCACUCUUCUACGGAAUUCCUCAAAAAAAUCCGAGACUCCCCAGGAACAGGCAUUAUCGCCUCUUUGGACAUAGAAUCCCUUUUUACGAACGUUCCUGUCGACGAGACCAUCAAUAUCAUCAUGGACCACAUCUACAGGGACCCCUCUACACCCCAGCUAAAUAUCCCAGAAGUAUCUCUGUGGGCAAUCCUCUAG